AUGCCACCAUCUUCACCUUCAACUUUUACCUGGGACAAUAUCUUAGAUUCUCUCUCUCUCAGCACAAUAUGGAAUUGGAUACAAGCAAGUCUUCUGGGAGAGUCUACUGCGCCUCAGCAAUCAAAUCAGGGGAUACUAGAUAAUCUUGGUCCAACUGUACAAGUCAUCCUGGGGAUUUCCUUUAUAUUUGUGUUGGGAAUAGGAUUAUAUUCCUUAUGGAAACGAAGUGUUCGAUCAAUUCAGAAUACAUUGUUGUUUGUACUCACACUCUACAAAAUUUACAAGAAAGGCUCAGAUUUUUUUCAGGCUUUGCUAGCCAACCCAGAAGGGAAUUUCAAAAUUCAAGACGGUAAUAAUCUCUUCCUGUCCUUGGGUCUGCAAGAGAAAAUUUUGAAAAAACUUCAGAUGGUGGAAAACAAAGUGAAGGACUUGGAGGGAAUGAUCAUUGCCCAUAAACCUGCUACAAAGAGGGAUUGCUCUUCUGAGCCCUACUGCAGCUGCUCCGACUGCCAGAGUCCCUUGGCCACAUCAGGGUUUACUUCCACAUCUGACAUGUGAUGGACUCCAGUCUUUUCCAGAAAAGCACUGUUUCCUUCAUGUGUGCAGUGGUGUAUCAAUAAAGAUAGAGAACUAUAUUGAAA